CCUCCCCAGAGCCCUCGAGCGAAACCAGGCAGAGGGCCAGGAUGGACGAGGACUUCUCCUCUCAGAUGAAGAAGAUGGCCUUGGCUAUGGGCACGUCCCUGUCGGACAAGGACAUAAAGAUGCUGCCCACAGACAUGAGGCAUCACGGCUCCUUCGACUACCUCAAGUUCCUGGAGUACAUGCAGAAGUUCCAGGCCUCGGGGCAGCUGGAAAGUGCCAUCCGCCAGGCCUUCCAGACCCUGGACAAGGACAGGAGCGGUUUCAUCGAGUGGAAUGAGAUCAAGUACAUCCUAUCCACCAUUCCCAGCAGCGGGCCCACUGCCCCGCUGACAGACGAGGAGGCAGAGGCCAUGAUCCAGGCGGCCGACACGGAUGGGGACGGGAGGAUCGACUUUGAAGGGGGCUUUGGGGUGCUCCUGCUGGGUGGCGGCCAGUCCUGCCUGGGCUGGGAACUGCAGCCCAGGGAGGGGUCUGAGCUGUGCCUGCUGUCCCUCAAGGAGCGCCCCCCACUGAGGGCCAGCCACCUGCCCUUCUCUGGACUUGAGAAGAAAGCAUCCGAAGGCCAGUCUGGAUCUUCGAAUAGCUGGCAGAGGAGGUGA